AUGGCGGCCCUUGGUGGUAUAGCGGGAUCAGAGAAUCGACUUAUAUCCUUUUUUCAAAGGACAAAAGCACUUCUUGCAGAAGCGGAACAACACAUUUCUAUAUUUCCAUCUAUUGAAAACAUAGAUGAAAUAGAAAUGUUACACGAAAGGCUGUCUGAGGCUGGAGAAACUGUUUUUAUUUUGAAAGAGAAGGCUGCCGAACUCACUAGCGCGGAUCGUGAUUUGGAAAUGGGAAACUUUUAUAGCAACAUGGAUCAGUUGUCCUUAUACUUGACAAGACUCCGAGUAUAUUUGGAGAAUAUAGCAGAUGAUUUAAGUGAAAGCACAUUGAAUGUGCCAGCUCACCAAUGCGAAAGGAACUACACAGGUACAAGAGGUCAGCCAAAAUUUAAAGUUUCUAAAAGGCAAAUACAAUUUCUUCGAGAGUUGCACUUUCCUUGGGUCAGAAUAGCGGGACUACUCGGAAUUUCCACAAAAACUCUAACUAGAAGACGACAAGAGUUUCAAAUUGAGGACGAGGGGGAGGUUAACUGGGCUUCACUUAGGAAUGGAGAACUAAGAGAAAUCAUGCAAGAAAUAAUGACUGUUACCCCUGGGAUUGGUCAAACCAGAAUGAUAGGUGCAUUAUAUAACAGGGGAAUAAGAGUGCAGCGAUGGAAAGUCAGGGAACUUGUGCGUGAGUUGGAUCCAGUUGGAACAGCACUUCGGUGGAGAGGAACUAUUUGUCGAAGAAAGUACAAUGUACGAGGUCCAAAUGCACUGUGGCACAUCGAUGGGAACCAUAAGAUGAUACGCUGGCGGCUUGUGGUACAUACUGCUAUUGAUGGAUAUUCUAGGUUGAUACCAUAUCUGCACUGUGCAAACAACAACAGAUCCGAUACAGUACUUGCACUAUUUCAGAAUGCCUGCGAAAGUUAUGGAAUGCCUUCAAGGGUUAGGAGUGACCAUGGUCUCGAAAACAUGGGUGUAGCCCGAAUGAUGUUGGAGUGUCGGGGAGUCAACGAGGGAGCAUGA